AGAAAGCAUAACCGGAAGUGAGAGGGCGGGAGCCGAGACUGUACCCGAUCGCAGCUAAACAUGGCGAGCGUACAGUCUACGAGAAUGUGGGGUACAGUUUCCUCCCUGUCGCUCCGAUCGAGACUGCACAUGCUGUGCUUGUGUGUGACCCUUGUAAUACAUUUGACGUUGCAACCUGUGUCGGCGAGUCAGCGGCCAAGCAGCCUGAAGGAGAUCACGGACGGGAACUGGGAGGACAUCCUGGCCGGGGAAUGGAUGAUUAAAUUCUUCGCCCCGUGGUGUCCGGCAUGCCAGCAGCUCCAGCCUGCGUGGAGUGAGUUUGCUGACUGGGGGGAGGACAUGGGGGUCAACAUAGCCAAGGUGGACGUGACUGAACAGCCGGGUCUGAGUGGGCGGUUCAUCAUAACAUCACUUCCUACAAUCUACCACUGUAAGGACGGUGUGUUCAGGGAAGUACCAAGGUGCUCGCACGAAAACGACUUCCUCGCAUUCGUUGACGAGCAAAAGUGGCAAGCCAUCGAGCCGGUGUCCUCGUGGUUUGGUCCAUCCUCCUUCCUGAUGAACUCGAUGUCUGCUUUGUUCAAGCUGUCCAUGUUUAUCCGGCGUUGUCAUAACUACAUGACGGACCAGCUGGGGAUUCCUGUGUGGGGCUCCUACAUCAUCUUCGGAUUGGCCACCCUGUUCUCCGGCCUGGCUCUCGGAUUGAUACUGGUGUUCAUCGCUGACUUCGUGUUCCCCUCGCGACGUUUCUCCUCGUCUGACUACUACCAGAGUAACAGAGCCUGCAGCAGAGCCCGUCUGCUCCAGCAGCAGGAGGCCGACCACGAAGCCGACGGAGAGGAGGACGACGAUGAAGACGAGGAAGAGGACGAGGAGGAAGAGGAGUUCGGCGAGCAGGACCAAGAUGAGGACUGGACCCGGAGGAGAGGCUCCCCGGAGGGCCGGCCCGAGACCGGGGCACAGGGCUUCACGGAGGAGGCGGUGAGGAAGAGGAUCGUGGCUCAGCGACAGAACGAAGAGGAGGACACCUAGACGGCGUCGGCCCGUGGUCGAGAGCCGACCGGUGGCGUUUGGCGGCGGAGGCGGAGUUUGCGGUGGAAGAAAGGUCAGGUCCUGAGGCGGCAGUGUUCCCAGCCGGAGUUCCACAGAUAGCCCCCUGAACACCGUGACUCCUCCCCCCCCCCCCCCCCCCUUGAGCCCUAUGGACCCCUGGCUCUGCCUCCCUCCCAGGUCUCCCCUUCCCAGGGCUUCCCUCCAAGGCACCUGGUCUCUCUUUCGGAAACUAACCGCCAGCUGGACAAUUUAGCUGUUUGAGAUUUGAGUGUUUGCUAUGCAUCUUCUUUCUUUUCCUCCCUUCUUAUCCGCUUUUAUUUGCAAGUGUUUAUUUUUCUGUUUUUUCAGCUGAGGCCUAAUUUUAACAUUGUGUUUACUCAUACCUAUAUUACUUAAAUCUUACGUUUGUUUUGAAUAAUUGAAUUGACUUGUUAACUUCGGUCUUUUAAAGACUCAUUCGUAGCUCGAGUCUUUGGA